AUGGCGAUGGACCCCUCUCUGCCUGCUGUCAACCAGACUGUGCUGGUCUCCGAGCCGGGGCCCUUUGUCCUAAUGGUGGUGCCAGGAAUGGACAGCUUGCAGGUUUGGCUUUCUCUGCCCAUGUGCCUGCUGUACAUGGCAGCUCUGGCAGGGAAUGUCCUUCUCCUGGGGCUGGUGGCAGCGGACAAAGCACUUCAGGCACCCAUGUACCAAUUGCUGGGGCUUCUGGAAGCUGCCCACUCGGUUCUGGCCACAUCCACGGUGCCCGAAGCUCUGGCUGUGCUCUGGGGCCUGUCAGGUGAGAUCUCCUUUGGGGCCUGCCUAACCCAGCUCUUCGUCACCCACGUAGCCUUCACUGCUGAGUCCUCAGUGCUGCUGACCAUGGCUGUGGACCGCUAUGUGGCCAUUCACCAGCCUCUGCGCUACGGGGCGCUGCUCACCCAGCGUGUGGUGGGCAUCGUGGUGGUGGCUGCUGUGACCCGGGAUGCCUGUAUCGUGGCGCCCCCGGUGGCCUUGCUCUAG